AUGCUGCAGGUGUAUGGUUCCUAUCGCCAAGCCUUCGACUUGCUCACUACGUUCCUAUUGAGCCUCACUCACUACGCAUGCAUAUGCAUGCGCGUUUGCAGGUUUCCCACUCUUAUGCAAGUGGGUGCACCCACCCACAUUCUGCUCCCACCCACAUUCUGCUCCCACCCACAUUCUGCUCCCUCCAUCCCAUCUGCAAGUGUGUACGACUCCUACCGCCAGGCUUUUGACAUGCUCACAGCAUUUCCGGAGAUCAAGACUCUCGAAGACAAUGUGAAGUUCACUCAGAUGCUUACCAUGGUGCGUGCUGCUGUACUUAUAAUGGGGCAGCCUAUAGCGGGUACACCACAUUCCAUCGUGGACAUGCUCACAGCAUUUCCAGAGAUCAAGACUCUCGAAGACAAUGUGAAGUUCACUCAGAUGCUCACCAUGGUGCCUGGUGGACGGUCGCUCGCCGCUGCUGGGGUGCUGGCACGGGGGAUCUACCCGUGUGUGUCUCAGCUGGUGGACGACCACACGUGUAUCCUGGGAGUGCUGGCACGGGGGCUGGUGGACGACCAUACUCCACUGCUGGGAGUGCUGGCACGGGGAGAGAGGGAGUGCUCCCCUUUAGGCUGGCACACGUACACGCAACCCCCCUCAACCCCUCUCCACCACACCAACCACCACCCAAAUCCCCUUUUUUGUGUCUCAGCUGGUGGACGACCAUACGCCUCUCCUCGGGGUGCUGGCGCGGGGGGUGAGGGAGUGCUCCACUUAAGCUGUCACAUAUGUACACACCCCUCUCCACCCCUCUCCACCCCUCCAUGCAUGUACCUCAGCUGGUGGGACGACCAUAACGCCUCUCCUUGGGGUGCUGGCGCGGGGGUGCUGUUUCUGGGUGGUGAAGGGGGUGAGGGGGGUGAGGGAGAUGCAGUGCUCUCCCUGCGACCGCUAGUGGGGAGGGAGCUCGACCUGGAUCCCUUCCUGGACAACAUACUCAAGUGCUCCCUGCAGCCGCUGGUGGGGAGGGAGCUCGACCUGGAUACCUUCCUGGACAACAUGAGGGAGCUUGACCUGGAUCAAGGAGUGCUCUCUCUGCGACCACUCGUUGGGAGGGAGCUAGACCUGGAUCCCUUUCUGGACAACAUGUUGCGGUUGCGGAUCAACCGCAGGGUCAUUGCGGAGCAUCACAUCACAUGUAUCUCCUCGUCCCCAUUCGCUCCUUGA